AUGAACCCCACGGAUGUAGCGGACACCACACAGGAUGAAAACGCAUACAAUAAUUACUAUGCCUAUGAGAGCAUGCCCAAGCCUUGCACCAAGGAAGGCAUCAAGGCAUUUGGGCAGCUCUUCCUGCCUCCUCUUUAUUCCUUGGUCUUUCUGUUGGGUCUGUUUGGAAAUUCUGUUGUGGUUCUGGUGCUGUUCAAAUACAAGCGGCUCAAGUCCAUGACCGACGUGUACCUGCUGAACCUUGCCAUCUCAGACCUGCUCUUUGUUCUUUCUCUCCCAUUCUGGGCUUACUAUGCCGCCGACCAGUGGGUUUUUGGACUAGGUCUGUGCAAGGUUGUUUCAUGGAUGUACUUGGUGGGCUUUUACAGCGGCAUCUUCUUCAUUAUGCUCAUGAGCAUCGAUAGAUACCUGGCCAUAGUGCACGCAGUGUUUUCCUUGAAAGCGAGGACUCUAACCUAUGGGGUCAUAACCAGCUUGGUCACGUGGUCAGUGGCUGUGUUCGCCUCCCUUCCAGGCCUCUUGUUCAGCACUUGCUAUACAGAGCACAACCACACAUACUGCAAAACCAAGUACUCAGUCAACUCAACGACAUGGAAGGUCCUCAGCUCCCUGGAGAUCAACGUCCUGGGGCUGGUCAUCCCCCUGGGGAUCAUGCUGUUUUGUUACUCCAUGAUCAUUAGGACCCUGCAGCACUGUAAGAAUGAGAAGAAGAACCGGGCGGUUAGGAUGAUCUUCGCUGUGGUGGUCCUCUUCCUUGGCUUCUGGACGCCGUACAACGUGGUGCUUUUCCUGGAGACCCUGGUGGAGCUUGAAGUUCUUCAGGACUGCACCUUGGAGAGGUACCUAGACUAUGCCCUCCAGGCCACAGAAACCCUGGCCUUCAUUCACUGCUGCCUCAACCCCGUCAUUUACUUCUUUCUUGGGGAGAAAUUCCGGAAGUACAUCUCCCAACUCUUCAGAACGUGCUGGGGUCCUCUUGUACACUGUGACUUCCUCCAGGUCUACUUGGCUGACACCCCCAGCUCCUCUUACACGCAGUCCACUGUGGAUCAUGACCUCCGUGACGCUUUGUAACACGUGAACAGGGGUAACGUGGUGUUAACAAGCUCCCCGCAGCCAGCACAUGCUCACCUUGUUUUCAUUAAGGGCGAAAACAAACAAAAAUUACGGAAAGACGGCUCCUCACCCUGCAGCUGACUCUUCCUCUUUCCAUAGAGAAGUGCAGUCCGAAAUGUGUUUAGCUGGACUGAGUUCAUUCACACACCAGGUCUGUCUCCCGGGAGAGAGGAGCCUGGGGAGCCUGUGAGCAGACUCUCAGUGGGUGUCUAGAUUGCACUGAAGACACCUCCCCUCUUCCCAGCCUCCCCAGGGACUCUCCAGAGAGUUUCAGAGCCCUGAUGGGUGGAGGAAAUCACUCCUUCACCAUGGAAUGAGUCUCUGGUCUUUGUGGAACUCUCUAGAAGACUUUGGCAUGCUCUUGUCCUAGUGUUUUUCCAGUGGUAUUCUAGGAAGCGAGAUGUUGAGAGAAAUGAGGAUCUUAGGUCUUGAUUCUUUUGUUAUAGAAAGCUGUUCAUUGAAGCCUGGCUACAGUGUAGAUGAUGAGGCAUUUGGACAAGCCUGUCUCCACUUGAAACAGGCAUUUAGAGCAUGCCUAUUGAAAUCCACUUGCAGCUUGGCUUGCUAACAUAUGUUUUAAUUAUAACAAGUGGUUAUUCAAAUUGUAGAAGAAAUGAAUCAGGGCAGAGAGGGGUGAAACAUCCUUGUAAUCCUAGCUACUCCAGGGCUGAGACCAAGGGAUCUUAGAUUCAAGGAUUACGUGGAUAAUACCAAAACCAAUACCAAGCGAAUCCCAAAGUUUAUCUCUGAAAGGCUCUUGUGA